CUGUCAUCUUCCCCAACCUUUACAUAAAUACUUAAUAUUUAAUGAUCUCUAACUCUAUUAAAAAAUAAAUAAAAAAUCAGUUUGCUCAAUUACAAAUUAAAAAGAAAACCCCAGGGUUUAAUCGUUUCUGAAAAGCCAGCAGGGAGUCUCCUAUCCCCUACCGCAGGGGAAAACAAUGGGAGCUCUUGCGAGAUCAUCUGUUUGCAACUUUGCGCAAGAAAGAAGCUGCGAUCCCGGGUGAAGUGCGGGUGGUAUCGUAUGCAAAUACGCAUGCUGACGUUAGAGAUCAUGUGGGUUUUGGCGUAGAUUCCCCACUGAUCGAGGAUUUUUUUUCCCUACUGUUGGACAGUUUAGGGGGGCUCGAUCGAAUUGAGUGAUCCCCGCGUUCUUGUACAUUGUGACGGAUUACCGAGUGCCCGCCCGCAGGUGCACCGGGAAUGAUGCGUUAUUUUUGAAUGUCACUCAACAUGUCUAAGGAGAGACUUCCAUCAUAAGCAAGGUAUACAACACAUAUACAUCCCUAUGUUUUUCUCUUGAAAGCUUCCAGAGUUGUCUCUAGGAUACUUGUAGAGGGCAAAGUCCAUAAUAUCAACGCAGUCAAUAGUUGUCAAAUAAUCACAAAUUGGCUAUCCUACCAGGGACAUGGCCAGCAAGAGGAAAUCAACCACACCUUGUAUGGUGAGAGCCUCUGAUGUUAUUGAACAGGAUGAUCCUGAAAUAAAUGUUGGAAGAGAGGAUUGUACACCAAGUCCAGUUAAUAACGAUGAGUGGGCAUUGGAGAAGGAAAGGUUUUCUAAGGAUGUUGACAUGGUGGAAGACAAACCUCCAUCUGAAAAUCAAUCCAAGAAACUUCAAGGGGGAUAUGAAUGCAAAUACUGUCCUUAUGUAACACAAAAUCUAAAUGAAUUUACUGAGCAUGUGGAUAUGCAACACCCAAAUGUAAUUCUCAAUCCCCUUUAUGUAUGUGCUGAAUGUAAUUUUACAACCAAAAAAUAUGAUUCUUUAUCUGACCACAAUUCAAAAUAUCACCCAGGAGAGAGCAACUUUAAAUUGAAGUUGAUGAAGCGCAAUAAUCAAACUAUUCUAGAGCAAUCCAUUGAGAGUAAUCAUGAUGUCAGUGGUACGCAAGAACAUUUUGAGAGCGAUGAGAAUUCAUCUGGGAUUUCAGUCAGUAAAAUGCCAAUCAUGAAAUUAGGGAAGGCCAAAUCUGAUGUGAAAAAAGUGUUAAGAAAAGCAGAUGAUGGUCUAAUGGAAAAUAAGUUUGAAGGGAAUGCUGCUAUUUCUGAAACUAAUGGUAUUUCAAAUGAUAUUCGUCAGGAUAGUUUAACUCAUGUUAUGCCUUCUGUCCAACUUCCACCCAAUAUUAACCUUCUUCCAAAAGUUCCAGUUCCAAUGAACAGCAAUAAAUAUAACUCUGCUUUAGACACAAAUACAACUUUGAUCAACUCCUUCAACAAAUUUCCUUAUCCAACUCAGGCUGAGUUGUCCUGGUUAACUGCAGCUUCUAAACACCCAGAAGAGCAAAUACGAAUUUGGUUUGCAACUCAGAGAUUGAAACAUGGUAUAAGUUGGUCCCCAGAAGAAGUAGAAGAGGCAAGAAAGAAAAUGUUUAAUGGUACAAUACAGUCUGUUCCUCAAACCAUCACUGUUUUGCCAGGUCCUCUGACAACUACAGCUAAAGUUUCUCAGCCUGUUAUUCAGACUGCUGUACCAUGUCAGAUUCUCGGCCAAACUGGUCUUGUAUUAACUCAGGUGACAAACACGUCUGCCGUUACUGUCCCUCAAGUUUCAGCUAAUGUUGGUAAUAUUACUAGGCAUAUACAGAAACGGCCCUUAUCGAGCCCAAAAGAGGGUCCAGAACCAAAACGCCAUAAUACUUCACAGACUCCACCAGUUCUACCCAAGUCAAAUAUACCAAUUACUCCUCCAAGUGAACGUAAAAAAACCAAGCAGCAAAUUGCUUUGCUGAAAGCUAGUUUUGUAGUAAGCCAAUUUCCAGAUGACACAGAAAUCUAUAGGUUAAUAGAUGCCACUGGACUUUCAAGGGGUGAAAUUAAAAAGUGGUUUAGUGACCAUAGAUAUAGAAGCCAGAGAGGUAUUGUUCAUAUCACAAGCGAGUCUAUAGCUAGGGACAGAGUAACUGUAGAUCGAUCUGGGCGUCCUUACCAUGUAUACCGGGAACAUACCCCACAAAAGCUUACAGAGACAACAGAGGAGCAGCUUAGAUGUCUUGAAAAUAGCUUUCUAAAAAAUUCAUUUCCAACGCAAAACGAAAUGGAUCGCAUACGUGCAGAAACCAAAUUGAAUAAGAAAGAAAUUGACUUGUGGUUUUCAGAAAGAAGAAAAAUUAGGGACUCCAUGGAGCAAGCAGUUUUGGAUUCUAUGGGUGCAGAAAAGACAAAUGAGAUAGGACUUGUAAAUGGUGCUGUAUCACAAGCUGGGCAUUUAUCUAGUCAUUGGCCACAGCCAACACCAUACAAAUCUAAGCAAGAGCAGCUUCAUUUGCUCAAAAGUACUUUUGCAAGAACCCAGUGGCCAUCUCCAUUCGAAUAUGACCAUCUGGCUCAACAGACUGGACUUGUUAGGACUGAGAUUGUAAAGUGGUUUAAGGAUAACAGGUGUGUUCUUCGAACAGGCAGUUUAAGGUGGAUGGACCAAUAUAGGAAACAUUAUGAACGCUCACUGGAGGAGAGAAAAAAGUUUAUUAAGAUGGUUGCUGCUACCAAGGUAGGCAAAGAAAUUCUUAGAAGAUAUUUCCAGGAGUACAGCCAACUACAUGAAGAGGAUAUGGACCUUCUUGUUACAAAGUCUAAAUUGACUUUUGAUCAAGUAAAAGCUUAUUUUGCAGAGAUGCAGCAGCAGGCAACACUAGAUCAGCUAGAAGAUAGUGGUCAAGAUGAUGACAUUAUUACAGUAAAUGAUUCUUCUGACAAGGACUGGGUCAAAGAGGAACCUGGAGAUGAAGAAGCCAUCUCAGAUGGAGACAGCUGGGGUCAGGUUAUACAAGACUCUCAAGAAGAAACAACUGAUAAUUUAUAGGAAGGUAAAUACAGUUUGCGAUGGUUUCCUGAUGGAGGUCUCUAUUUAAAGAUACUGCAGAGAUAUGCAUAUAUUUUCCUACUUCAGUCCAACAUAACCAAUACAUUGGGAAUCCUAGCUCUGCUGGCUUAUUUCACAGUCUCUUGGAUUAAACCUAUGGGAAGUUCUUCUUGCCAAAGAACUACUAGAUGUCGCUGUAAAUGUUUAUUCCUGCUAUAAUGAAAAUCCUUGUUGCUUACCAGAAAACAUUACCCUCCCUACCCCCUGUAUAUGUGCAAAUCUGUAUUUUUCAGACAUUUAGAAUUAGUAACCACUAAGUUGACUUUUUUUUGUUAUUGUAAAUACAGUAUAUAAAUAUAUAUUUUUUACUUCCUUCUGAUAUAUCCGUAAUGUUUUGGGACCACUGCCAUUUUUAGGAGUGGCUUCAUUUUGUGCAUUGUUGUGUUUAAAUCUGGCAGUAGAGAACUACUGAAGUCCACGGAUCUUACAAGAGGAUAACCAGCAAGCUGGGGAGGCCCUGUUUAUCAAACCUGGUGCAAUCUGGAUAUUACACUUUAAAAAGGACUUCUUGAUGUUUUGAGCAUUAUUGAAGCAAAUUGCAUAAGCCGAGAAAAAAUGUUCAAAAGAAUUGUUUAAUUUUAUAAGCCUCCUUUUUCAGACUGAUUUUUCAUCCCCCUGAAAGCUUUGAGCACAACUAAAGACAAUGUACCCUGUAAUUUUUCAGUCUAAUUUACCCCAUGGAGUGAGUGCACUUUCAAAAUAAUAUUUUUUUUUUCUUUCUCUCCAAAAUGAACUUGUAUAUGUUGAAAUAUGAAAAGCGCUGUUUGAGUAAAAUAUUGCUAUUUGAGUAUACUGCACAAAAUGCUAGCAUUUUUUUUUUAAAUAAAAUGACUUUUUCUAAAACAAAAGUAAAAGAUAAGAA